AUGGCCUUCGAGAUUCCAGUCAAGCGUAUCUUGUCCAGUGCGCAAUUGACUGCGUUUCAAUCGUCUGCUACUUACAACACCAUCGUCUCGUACAUCGAGGUUCUGAAUGCUUCCGUAGUGGGUGUGAGGCUUACUGACCCGUGCUCAGAAUCUCCAGGAAUAAACGCCAUCCUCCGCUUGUUGGAUCAAAUAGAGCAACUGGCUCAUGAGACUCCCCCAGUCGAGAACAAGGCAUCGAGAUUUGGCAACCCUGCUUUCAGGUCGUUCUACGACAAAGUCCAAACUUUGGCGCCGUCAUUGCAUGCUACCCUUCCCGGCCUAGAUCCAAAUGUUAUACCGGAGUUAUCUACGUAUUUCUCGCAGGCUUGGGGAAAUCGUGAACGCAUUGACUAUGGGAGUGGUAUGGAACUGAAUUUUCUCUGCUGGCUUGUAUGCCUAGAUCAGCUGCAGGUUGUUGGGGCAAGUGACCACACCAUGCUGGUUACACGCGUAUUCUGGAGAUAUAUUCAAAUCAUGCGCGUACUUCAAUCAACGUAUUGGCUAGAACCUGCUGGAUCUCAUGGCGUCUGGGGUCUCGACGAUUAUCAUUUUUUGCCUUUCCUCUUUGGUUCCGCUCAACUACGAGGACACAGGUUUGUGAGACCAAAGGCAAUACAUGAUGCAGAGAUCGUAGAUGAACUAUCAAAGGAUUAUAUGUACUUCUCAUGCAUAAAGUUCAUCAACUCCAUCAAGACAGCCUCACUCAGAUGGCACUCGCCAAUGCUGGAUGACAUAUCAGCAGUGAAGACUUGGGAAAAAGUCAAUUCCGGUAUGAUCAAGAUGUAUCAAGCAGAAGUUCUAGGGAAGCUCCCUGUCAUGCAACAUUUCCUGUUUGGAUCCAUUCUUCCAUACGAAGGACCUCCGCCUCCAGCUUCUGAUGAACCGCACCGCGGGGAUGGUCAUGCACACGAAGGAUGGGGUGAUUGUUGUGGCAUACCCGUACCUAGUGCAUUUGCGGCAGCCCAACAGGAACGAGAGCCAGGAAAGAAAAUCGAGGGUUCAGGCAUUCGUCCUGUGCCAUUUGAUUGA